UUAUUGAAGGAGUGUGUGUUUUGUUUUAAAUUACUUAGUUUUAAAAAGAUGUUAAACAUCAUAUUUUUUUUGGCCGGAACUGUAACAACAUCGGGAUUUUUGGAGUCUUUAUUUUACCACACCGAUUUGAAUCCAAACAAUUGCUCGUCUAACGAAUUCAUAUGCGCAAAUUAUAAGUGCGUCCCUAAAGACGCCCGAUGUAAUGGUUUCAACAAUUGUGAAGAUUUUUCUGAUGAAGAGGAUUGUGAAACAUAUUUGUGUAAGGAACCCACCUUCUUCAGAUGUAAAAAUAAUCUAUGCAUUGCUAGGACGUUCCUCUGUGAUAAUACAAAUGAUUGUGGGGAUUAUUCCGAUGAAGAAAGUUGCAAAAAUUUUAAAAUAGUGCAUAUGAACUCUACCUGCCACGAAGGUGAAUGGCAAUGUACUGAUCAUUUAUGUAUUCCAAAGGAAUGGGUGUGCAAUCAAGAAGCAGAUUGUCUGGAUGGUUCGGACGAAGGGAUUGGUUGUUUGCAGAAUAUAGAUUGUGAUGGUUUUAAAUGCAAAAAUAAUGUGUGCAUUCCUAAUGAAUGGAGAUGUGAUAAAGCCGAUGAUUGUGGAGAUAACAGUGAUGAAGUAGAUUGUGAACACCAUUUUGAUCCAAAAAAGUGCACCUUGGAGGCAGGAAAAUUUCUAUGCCAAGACAAGAAAGCUUGCGUCGACUUAAAGCACGUUUGUGAUGGAAACAAAGACUGUUUAGAUACUUCUGAUGAAAGCGGGAUGUGCUCGAACUCAAGACAGAAUUGUCUAACACACCACUGUUCUCAUACUUGUGUUCAAUUACCUACCGGUCCAAAAUGUUUAUGUCCGUCUGGUUACUACAACGUCAAUGAGAAAACUUGUGCCGAUAUUAAUGAGUGUGAAGUGUAUGGAAUUUGCGACCAUAAAUGUAGAAAUAAACCUGGAUCAUAUGAGUGCUAUUGCGAUCACAAAUACAUUCUUCAGGAUGAUAAAAAGACAUGUAAAGCUUUUGGGGGGGAACCCACCAUGGUGUUUAGCACAAAAUCGCAGAUCCGGUCUUACCUUUUAAACAGUAAUCUCUACUUUCCUGUGGCAAUCAAUCUCAAGCAAGCAGUUGGAGUACAUUAUGACGGUUUCCAUGUUUACUGGACGGAUAUAUUUGGCGAACAUGAAAGCAUCGUGCGAACUUUGGAGGAUGGAUCAAAUAAGGAGUUAUUGGUAACAUCGGGAUUAAGUGUACCAGAAGAUCUAUCAGUUGAUUAUGUAACUGGUAACAUUUAUUUCACUGACAUGAAAAAACAACAUAUUGGGGUAUGUUCAAAUGAUGGAUCACAUUGUACGGUACUUAUAAACUCAGAUAUCCGCAAGCCAAGAGCUAUUGUCCUUAACGUUGAAGAUGGAACAAUGUUUUGGACAGAUUGGGACAAACCAGCGGAAAUUGCUUUCGCAUAUAUGGACGGUACGGGUCACAAAGCGUUUUUGAGGGAUAAUAUUUAUUGGCCAAAUGGUUUGGCGCUGGAUAAACCCAACGAAAGGCUAUAUUGGUGCGAUGCCAAGAAAAUGACCUUAGAAAGUAUUAGAUUGGAUGGAACAGACAGAAGAAUUGUACUGGAAGGCAUUGCAAAACAUCCAUUCGCAAUUGCAGUUUUUGAGGACCGCUUGUUUUGGUCCGAUUGGGAAACUCACUCAAUUCAAAUAUGCAACAAAUUUACUGGUAAAAAUCAUAGCACACUUAUAAAGGACGAAAAUGAAUUUAUAUAUGGCAUAAGCAUAUUCCAUUCGGCACUACACGAAAGGACCGAGAAUCCUUGUUCUUUGGCAUUUUGUAGCGACAUAUGUUUGUUAAAUGGAGAUGGAUAUACGUGUGCAUGUUCUGAAGGUAAAAUCUUAGGCAGCGAUAACCACACUUGCAAAGAGGUUCAAAAAAAGCAAAUGUUGGUGGUAGGAGCCAAAAACCUUCUAUUUCGCAUUGAACAUCAAACUCUGGGCAAACAUAGCAUGUCGGCGUUACCAUCGGUAGUUCAACAUAUCGGCGCCCUGACUUUCGACGGGCAGAACAACACGCUUUUCAUUAGCGAUCUAGAAACCAGGAAAAUAUUUGCUCUCAACUUGCACACUGCUAAAAGCAAGCCUUUACCUAUUCCCGGACUUGGCCAAAUAAUAUCUAUGGAUUAUGAUCCAACCGGUAAUAACUUGUAUAUUUGUGAUGGCGAAAGGACAACUUUGGAGGUAGUGAGUUUAAAUACGUGGGCCAGAAAAGUACUAGUUCAUGAUUUCGAAGAUGAAGUGCCCCAGUCAGUUGCGGUAGUUCCAAAAGAAGGAGUUAUGUUUGUAGCCAUUGGCAACAAACUCGAUCGCUUCGCUCAUAUAGAUAGAAUGUUUAUGGACGGAACCGGAAGAACCCACAUCGUAGAAAAAAAUCUAAUUGGACCAAUUUCAUUGCAUUUCGAUAGUAAAGUGGAAAGAAUAUUUUUUGCUGAUGCCGGCAGUGGUGACAUUGAAAGCACGAGUAUCGAGGGCGACGACCGACACUUGUUUCGUUCCCUUUAUUCGAUACCAAGCGAUGUAACAACUUUGAAUUCGGACUUGUUUUGGGUCAACAAAUUUUCCCAACAAGUUUAUUGGUCCGAUAGAAGUAGCGGAGAAUUCGUUCAGAAAAUUAAACUCGAAAUCUCAGGUGACAUUGACCAGCUUCACUUAAGUUCAGUUACGCCAGCGGUGCAUAUUAAAAGUGUUUGCCAGAAAAACAAUGGAAACUGCAGUCAUUUAUGUCUUUCAUCACAUAAAGCCUCGGUUUGUGCAUGUCCCUCCCUUAUGAGCUUAGACAAAGACAAUCACACUUGCAUCCACAGGCUUGAAUGUGACGCAGAUCAAUUUAAAUGUCCUCUCUCUAGAACCUGUGUGGCACAAAAAUUAAGAUGCGAUGGUAAGAAAGAUUGCGUGUUGGGAGAAGAUGAAGAAGCUUGCGACCAUCAAAAGUUACAGUGCCCUGUUGGCUACUUUGGAUGUGAUGCUGAAACCUGCAUUAAGGCGCAUCAAGUUUGCGAUCAUCAUUAUGACUGCAAAGAUAAGUCCGAUGAAGCUCACUGUGAGUUAAAAACGGGCAAGAAAUGUUCGCCUGGUCAUUUCAUGUGUGGCAAUGGACAGUGUAUCGCAGAUAGAUUUGUGUGUGACGGAUUUAACGAUUGUAGUGAUGACUCGGAUGAAGAAAAUUGUUUGUCAUCUACUUGUUCGUCGACCCAAUUCAGGUGUGAUUCGGGGACUUGCAUACCGAAAAGUUGGGAAUGUGAUUACGAAUACGAUUGCGUUGAUUUCUCAGACGAGCACGGAGAAUGUGUAUCAGUUGCUUGUUCGUCAAAUAUGUUCACCUGCGGCAACGGCAAAUGUAUUAAUAAAAAUCUCGUAUGCGAUUUUUCUGACGAUUGUGGAGAUCAUUCGGACGAGAGGAAUUGCUACAGACAAGUGGAUUAUGCAGCAGACUGCAAAUUAAAUGAGUUUCCCUGCACAUCAAAAACGAUAUGUUUAAACAAUUCUGCGAGAUGCAAUGGAACCUUCGAAUGUCCCGGACACGAAGAUGAAGCAGAUUGCUCAAACUGCGACCACGAAUCAUUUGAAUGUAAAAAUAAGAAGUGCAUACCAAUACAAUUCUUGUGCGAUGGAUCUGAUGACUGCGGAGAUCACUCCGAUGAGAAUGAAGAGCUGUGCAAAGCUGUUGACAGCAAAUUACCAUCAGCCGUUCAAGCGCACGUCCCCUGCGAUGACGGAUUUAGAUGUAAAACGGGGGCUUGUGUCAAUUUGGAGCUUUUGUGCAAUAAUAAACAAGAUUGUUAUGAUGGAUCCGACGAGAAUGGCCUUUGUUCGAAAUCUUGUGACACGCUCAACAAUCCCUGCUCUCAGGAAUGUAUACGAACUCCUGCAGGACCUAUGUGUAAAUGCAAGUCCGGUUACAAAUUAAUUGGCGAUGGUCACACUUGUACAGAUAUAGAUGAAUGUCAGCAAGAGCCACUGGUUUGUAGUCAAAUUUGUAUCAACAAAGAAGGUUAUUUCACUUGUGAUUGUUAUGAUGGCUAUUUACUAAGGCAAGACCGAAAAACCUGCAAGGCACUAGGAUCUCCAAUGACGUUAAUAUAUGCAGUAGAUAAUCAAAUAAGAGAAUUAUCUCAAAAAUCAAAUUCUCUUCAUAUCUUAUAUUCGGAGGACAUGCCAAAAAUUGUAGGUCUGGAUGUGGCAGUCAAGGAGCACAAUAUUUAUUUCACAACAGAAAAUUCUGGCACCAUUCAGAGAAUUAAUCUGAAAAAUAAAACAAGGCAGUAUAUAGAUCAUAUCGGGUUACCUCAAAAGAUCGCUUAUGAUUGGUCUACAGGACACAUUUACUACUACAAUACGGUACCCGACUCCAAAUCUAUAAGUGUGUGUAGUUUUCAAGAGAUGCUCUGUGCCAAAGUAAUUGAUAUCGACAUUCAUCGACAUGUAUCUGAUUUUGUGAUAGAUUCGGUCAAUAAGAUCAUCUUCUACACUUUGACCAGCUGGUUCAUAUUUAACUGGCCCAGCUAUGCGAUUUACAAGGCGAAUUUAGACGGAUCCAACAUUCAAGAAAUUGUUAAUAACACUGAAGGUUAUAUUACUGGCUUAGCUUACAAUUUUAAUAAAAUGGAGUUGUAUUAUGUUGACCAACAUCUGGGACAAAUAUGGAGUACUAGAUAUAAUGGAAAGCAGAAAAAAUUGUUAUUUUCCAAUCUAACUCGUCCCACAGGACUAAAAUUUUUCGAAGAUAAUCUCUAUUUCUCGACAAGCAACGGGCAAAUGAGUAAAUGUCAGCUUUUUCACUCGAAAACUUGUAAUAGUUUUAAAACUCGUGCGAACCUGUUCAGUCUAAUCCAAGAAGGACUUCAACCUGAUACCGUAGAUCCCUGCCAAAACCACAAUUGCACAUUUUUGUGCGUGGCGGGUAGUUCCCAUUACCAAUGUUUAUGCGAAAAUGGUAAAAUUAUUCAUACCAAUGAAGAAUGUGUUUCUAAAGAGAGAACAUCAAGUUAUAUUGAUAAGAGACCCGCAGUACAUUCAGCCGAUUUUUCUGGAGAAGAUUCGCAAAAUCCAAAAACCUCUGGUAAAACGGUGUCUAUAGUGUUGUUGUGCUUAUGUAUGAUUGCCAUAGCCAUUGCUUUAUUUGUCUACGCAAAGAAGCGCCACAGCGGUUCUUUUAACUUAAGUGUGAAAUUUUAUAAUCCAAAAUACCAAAAAGAAGCAGAUGAAAACCCGAUUCUUAUACCAGGUCAGCAUGAGUACACAAAUCCUGUUCUAGAAGGGAGAGAAGUUAAAAGUUUUGCCGCUGAUAGUGGAAAUGUACAUCACUUUAUGGAUGCGUAGAAUAGUGUGUUUUUAUAUUGUAUUUUUGUGUAAUGUGUCCACACUCCUUCAAUUUUAAUUAUCUAUGAACGGUUUUAUGUUUUCCUCUUUACGCAGACACAAUUGCGAUAGCUGUUUUAAGCAAUAUGUUUUUAAUUAAUGCAUUACAAGUGCAUUUUUUUCAUAGUUUAUUUCUUGUUAAUAUUUUUGCUAAUAAAUAAUUU